UGGAAGUGAGCAGGCUAUAAGAGCAUCUAUCCACUGCUCAACGGUCCCAUUCAACACACAGAGAAAAACCAGUGAGGAUUACAAGGAUGAAGGUUUCGCCCUACACAAAUGUGAUUGUGAUGAUUUUGUCAAUUGGAUUGUUGUGUGAAGUCCAUACUCAAAACUACCACUUCAGCAAUGGAUGGCAGCCUGGUAAAAGGUCUUACAGACCCUGUGCUCUACGACCAGAAAUACAAUCCAUUUUGCUCAAAAUCAUCGAGAGUGAGGUGGAGAGAAUACAGAAAUGUAAAAACACUAACUAUGAUGAUGUUCUCUCAAUAAUGCAGGAUAAAAAUAGUGAAAAUGCCAGAACAGUAUGAAGUGAGAUUAGACUAACACAGGACAGCUAGACUACGGAGAAAGUGAUCAGUGUCAAAACUAUUGGAUGUUCAAAAUAAAUUUUUACAAAAUUCUUCAGAAUUGGCUUUGUUUAUAGUUUGAUUAUGUACUCAUAGAAGCUAGAAGCUAAUCAUUAAGAACUCUCACUGCAAUGGGCUCCUACUGCAUCUAAACAGCAGGUGCAUGUAGCUCACUUUUGACUUGAUGUAACAAAAGGACACAUACAGCUUAAUCUUCUUAUCUUGAAUUUGUUAUUUUGUAUAUGUUGUUUAUUUCCAAAUAAAAGUAUUUCCCAACAA